UGAAGUGGACGAUUGGGUUUUGCAAGCAUAUCGUUAUUAUUACUAUAGUAUUCGACUAUUUGGUACAACACAUAGUGAAUAUUUACCCCGACAACGGUUAACUGAAAGUCAUAAUUCAUUAAGACUAGUUCGUCUUGAAGAUGGUGACUAUGUUAUAUGUUUAACAUUUGUGGAUAAUUUUGAAACGUUAUUUAAACCAAGAUAUGGAUGUUAUGAUAUAACAAAGGGAGAAAAAACGAUUGGCUUACAUCAUGGAUCAAAAACCGGUUAUUUGGUACCAUUGCUAGUACUGGUAGCAUUGGUACUACAUAUUAUUAUUGCCGUUGUACAUCAUAUUAAAGCUAAAAAUUAUGCACAAAAGCUACUACAACGUUUUAUUGAUACAAAUCCUGCUAGAGCGCGUGCAAAAUCAAUCAAAGAACUAACGAAAGAUCUUGAUAGAAACAUGGAACAUGCAAUUCAUUUACCAACUGCUGUACAACGUCGUUUAUCACGUGUUGCCGAUGUUGAGAAUAGUGGUCAGCAUAAUGUGGGCUUUGUCGAUGAAGAUCAAAUUCCAACAUAUUCACUACUGAAUAACGGUUAUGCAAGACGACCAAGCAAGGUUAGUAACAAUCAUCGAAUGUUUACGCCUCGAUUAAGUUUAGAAACUGUACCAGAACAUGUGGAAAGUGUCAAAUCAAUGAAACAUUUAUUUGAAUCGGUACCGUGGCUAAGACGUGCGAGUAGAGUAUCCUCAUUUCGACGUAAAAGUAUUCUUCAUAUCUAA